AAGCCGUUCAUCAUCAUCAUCAUGCCCACUAUAGGUACAUAGAAAGAGUGAGAGAGUGUAUGAGAGAGAGAGAGAGAGAAUCUGAUGUCUACAUAAAUCUACACGAUACGUAACAGCAAUACGAAUUGUCAUUCGUGAGCGGAGUUUGUUUCAGAGAACAGAAUUAGAGUUACUUCACUGAGGACUCCUUUACACACACACAAACAAAGACACGCUAAAGAAACACACGUAAGAAUUGAAAAAAGAUGGUGAAUUUGAAGAAUUUUUGGACCAAGAAAACAUUAUUGGGACUUGGGCUGGGUCAGUUGCUUUCUCUUGUUAUCACUUCCACUGGAUUUUCAUCUUCUGCACUCGCCAACCAAGGAAUUAAUGCACCAACCUCUCAGUCUUUCCUGAAUUAUGUACUCUUGGCAGUGGUGUAUGGAAGCAUUAUGCUCUACAGAAAGCAAGCUCUCAAGGCCAAAUGGUAUUACUAUGCCUUGCUUGGAUUGAUUGAUGUGGAAGGCAAUUUCCUUGUGGUUAAGGCAUACCAGUACACCUCAAUUACAAGCGUCAUGCUGCUUGAUUGUUGGACAAUACCAUGUGUCCUGUUUCUCACCUGGUUCUUUCUGAAGACAAAGUACAGAUUGAAGAAGUUCGUUGGUGUAGUAAUUUGUGUGGUGGGUCUUGUUAUUGUUGUUUUUUCAGAUGUACAUGCUGCUGAUAGAUCAAGUGGUAGCAACCCUAUCAAAGGCGAUCUACUCGUAAUUGCUGGGGCGACACUUUAUGGUGUUAGUAAUGUCAGUGAGGAGUAUUUUGUUAAAAGUGCUGAUAGGAUUGAACUUAUGGCAUUCUUGGGUAUUUUUGGUGCCAUUGUCAGUGCUAUCCAAAUAAGCAUACUUGAACGCGAUGAACUCAAAUCUAUUCACUGGUCAUCUGGGGCGACAUUUCCUUUCUUUGGAUUUUCUUUAGCCAUGUUUGUGUUUUACUCGGCCGUUCCUGUCUUACUCAAGAUCAGUGGAUCAACAAUGCUAAAUUUGUCGCUGCUCACCUCUGACAUGUGGGCUGUUUUCAUUCGGAUCUUUGCAUACCAUGAAAAGGUCGAUUGGAUGUACUAUGUAGCAUUUGCUGCUGUCACAGUCGGGCUUAUUGUUUAUUCAGGGGGUGAUAAAUCGGAUCAAGUUGCUGAUGAGUUGAAGCAGUUUGAUGAGGAGGCUAGCAUAGGCCGUCCAGAUCAACACGACAAAAUGAGGAGCUCAAGAUUAGCAGACUCUAGCAGGCAGGAUGCUGCUUCCAGUAGUGCCGUCUAAAAAGAUGGCAAGGGAAGUCAGUAUCAGGAAGGAAUUUUUGCAGGAUUAGGAAAGACUGGGUGCACGUUCCGUGCUAUAAAGAUGAUCAGCUUUACUACCACUAGGGGAAGCGUAUGGUUGGAAAAGUCCGUCAUCUCCUGUCUCAGAGUUGAGUUUCUUGCCAUUACAAUUACCAUGAAUUUUGAUACUCAUCAAGCUCUGUUAAAAUUCAUGGUGUUAAAAGUUGAAUACUGAUGCUCUGUUCACCUGUAGUUGGAGUCCCUUGGAGAUUAUGGUGAUUUGAGCUUGAAGAUAUAUAUAAUGUAGAUUCACGAAAAUAUUAUCUGGAUAGCAAGUGAAUGUCUGUUUGGUGUUGCUGUGCUUGCU